AUCACUGUCAUACCUCCACACUCCUCUCCUGUACAUACUGAUCACUGUCAUACCUCCACACUCCUCUCCUGUACAUACCGAUCACUGUCAUACCUCCACACUCCUCUCCUGUACAUACCGAUCACUGUUAUACCUCCACACUCCUCUCCUGUACAUACCCAUCACUGUCAUACCUCCACACUCCUCUCCUGUACAUACCGAUCAUUGUCAUACCUCCACACUCCUCUCCUGUACAUACCGAUCACUGUCAUACCUCCACACUCCUCUCCUGUACAUACCGAUCACUGUUAUACCUCCACACUCCUCUCCUGUACAUACCCAUCACUGUCAUACCUCCACACUCCUCUUCUGUACAUACUGAUCACUGUCACACCCUCCACACUCCUCUCC